AACUGAUGACGUAGUAAGAUAUUGCACAAUCAAACCGAAAGCUGGGUCACUGCUUCUAUUUUUGGUAUCAAUUUUCUAUAAAAGACUUUACAAGUUGCACAACCCUAUUAGUUUACACAACUUAGAUUGUUCAGAAUUGAAAGAGAAACUUAAUUAGUUUAACUUUAAUCUAGUAACAUCACCUGAUUGACAAACUUUGAAGAAAUGGAGUCCCGUAUGUCCUCCUGUCCUGUUUGCCACGAGGGCAUCGAUGUGUUUGCUGUUGGUUGCUGUGAUCAUGUCAUCUGCUUUAAGUGUUCAUGUCGAAUGCGUGUACUCUGUGAACAGUUCUAUUGUCCUAUAUGUCGUACAGACCUACCACAGGUUUAUCUGAUAAAGGAGGCAUUAAAAUUUAGUGAAAUUCCUAGAUAUGGAUAUAUUCCAAAUAGGAGGAACAAGAUCUUUUUCCAAAAUGAGGAUAUUAAACACUCCUUUGAUAAUAUUCUGGAGAAUCGCUGUCAGAUCUGUGCCCAUGCCAGGCCUGAAAGAUCCUUCAAAGAUUUACAGAAUCAUUUAAGAAAACAACACACUUUGUUCUAUUGUAACCUUUGUGUGGAUCAUUUAACGUUAUUGCCAUCGGAGAGAAAGUUUUAUAAUCGUCAAGAUUUAGCCACUCAUCGUCGUCAAGGAGACAAAGAUGAUAAAUCUUAUAAAGGUCAUCCUAAUUGUGAAUUUUGUGAUGAAAGAUACUUUGAUAAAGACGAGUUGUAUAGACAUUUACGUAAAGAUCAUUAUUUCUGUCACUUCUGUGACCCAGAGGGAUGUAGUGAAUUUUAUAAUGACUAUCAAUCGUUGAGGAAUCAUUUUGGAGAGAAGCAUUAUUUAUGUCAGGAUGGAGACUGCGCUGGUGUAGAGGUGCGUCUGACUCAUGCUUUCCGUUCCAAGAUAGAUUUCCAGGCUCAUACAACAGCAGAACAUGCUAAUAACCUAACCAAAGCUCAGGCUAAACAGUUACGUACCAUAGACAUAGAUUAUCAGUUACCAAGGAGGGAAACUCAGAGAAGGAGAGAUAGGGGUGGUGUAAAUACUGGUGAUUAUGAAGAUGUUCGACCUGUACAGACACAAGUAUUCCAUAAUAAUAGAGGCUCCAGGGGGAGACAAAGAUAUGAGGAACCUAGAGGGUAUAGAAGAGGAAACUUCAGUGAAGAAGAUGUUCAGAAAGCUAUUCAUGCUUCUUUAGAUGUCAUGAAAGAAAAAGAAAAAGUGGAAGAACAACCAGAAAAGGAAGAAGAAGAAGAAGUCAAAGUUUUACGUAAUACUAAGAACUUCCCUGUUCUAGGUAACAAAGAUUUACGUGUGGACUCGCCUGAUGAUUCAGAUCAUAAGGAUUCUGACUCUGAAGCGUUAGACUUCUCUAUGGCACAACAAAUAGCACUGAAAAACAAAAGAUCUGUUCAAGUUGGUAGACUUAUAUCAGAAGAAUUUCCCUCGUUAUCUGGAGAACCAUCUACCAAAGAUAAAACUGCUGAGACAUUAGAAAAGAAACCAGCAAAUGUUAAAACAUCAAAACCAGAACCUAUUGUUAAAUCACAACCUGUUUCUAAAUCUGUAUCCAAACCUGUAUCUAAGUUCACAGUUUCUAAAGGACCGGUGGUGGAUGAUUUUCCUGGACUGCCCACUAAAUCAUCCAGUAUCAACAGUGCUUUAGGUUCAGCCAAGUGGGUUCCUAAACAGACUGCCAAAGAAACAAAACAAGCUGCUGCCAUGCCUGUACAAGUUACUAUGAAUGUCUCCGCUAAUAACCAAAAAUCAUCAAAAAACAAAACAAAAUCAUCUAAUAAGGCAUUUCAAGAUGAAAAAGACUUUCCAUCUUUAGGAGGACAGCCUAAGUCAACAAGUGCAUCAGAUAUGAACUGGUUACAAAAAUCUGCCAAAGUGAAGAGUAAGCCUUUACAAGAAAGGAAACCUAUCGACUGGUUUGAUGCAGAUAAUGACUUUGAUUUUAGUAUUGAAAAUGUAACAAAAUUAUCUAAACCUAUUCUUACUGAUGAUAAAAAUUCUAAUACUAGUGAUUCUAAAAAGAAAAAGAAGAAGAAAGACAAAUCUAAACCGUCCGAUAAUGAUAUUAUUAAUGAUUCAAAGCCUAUUGGUGGUUCCAGUUUAGAUAGUAUUGCAAGUAGUCUAUUUAGUUCUAAAGAAGUUACAAACAAGGAACCAGUCAAAGUUGAAAGUCCAAAGGUUGUCAGAAAAGAAGAAAGUGAUAGGUCAGCAAGUCCUGAAAAUUUCAAAAUAGUUCACAAGAAAGUCAAAACUGCAGAUAUCCCUGAAGAUGACAAUAAAUUUUCAAUACUCAGCAACGAAACUGAAAUAAAACCCUUUAUUGAGAGCAAGCCAAGAUUUGUACCAAAACAGAAUGAUAAAAAUCUUAAAUUAGAUGAUUUCCCAUCACUGGGAUCGAGUAAUCAGUCCAAAGCACCACCACCAGGAUUCGCUAAACCUCUGCCAUCAAACAGCAGUGUGUCAUCAGCAAAGCCACCAGGAUUCAAUAAUGUCUCUUCCUCUAAUAGACCUCCUCCAGGCUUUGCUAUGCCUACAUCCUCGCAAAAAAAUGGUCAUUCAACAUCGGAGGAAAAGUCCUGCACUUUCACAUUGAAAAAUAUCAUGCCGAUGAUGACCGAAAUGAGCAACUUUGAUUAUGUGGCUCCAGAGAAUUCUAAAGUAAGAAAUCAGAAACUGAUUGGCGAUAUUAGGUUACAUUUAGGAGAAGACAUGGAGAACUUUGAUCAGUUUAAAACUGUGUCUGCAUCAUUCCGGCAAGGAACAACAGAUGCUACUGAGUAUUACAAACAGUGUGAACAGUUGAUAGGGAAGGACAAUUUUGACAUUAUAUUCCCUGAACUUCUGGUCCUUCUACCGAAUAUAAACAAACAACAAGAACUUUUAACCACCUACAAAUCUAUUCAGGAGAAAAACAAAAGUGGUCAUGUGAUCAGGAUUUCUGGUAAGAGUGCCGACGCUCCUUGGAAACAAACAUCAAACUUUCAGACCUGUCCGACAUGUCGACAGGUGCUCCUCUCCUCAGAUUACAAGGAACACACUUCUAUACACGGUAGUGCCUCAGACUUCCCUUCUCUAGGGGACGGAGGUGGAGGACAUUGUCUAAGGUCAUGGGUCAAAGGAAAAUAAAUUGUGUCACCCUGCUAAGUAUGAAGAGAAAACAAUUAACUCACAUUGUUUUAUGUAUUUAAUUUGUAUAACAAUAGUUUUAGGGCAAAUUUUAGAAUAAUAUGGUUGUCACAUUAUCAAAGCUUCAAGAGAUUGUUUGGUUUGUAAUUUAUUGUUAAAAUAAUAUCAUCACUUUAUGUUUGUUUAUAAGUUUUCAUUCCUGAUGUCCUUUUACAUGUUUUAAAAACCAAUGUUGUUAUACAAAUUGUCAAUCAGGGUACUAGAGUUAUGUCCCCUUGAAAAUAUUUUUAAAAAGAUGUCCAUUUGGAUGAUAAUCCCUAAAUAUAGACAUGCACUGUUUUUGGAAUGUUGCCCUUUUGCCUAUAUAAAUACUUUUUCACGUAUUUUAUAAUUUGUGUUACUCGUACUAUUUAUGGCCUUCUUUAAAACCAUUUUGUUUAUGAUCUUGUUGUUAAUGAGAUUUGCCUUCUCAAAUAUAAUUUAAUUUUUGGGUCUACCUUAUUAUGUUAUUAAAACAGAAUGAAGUUUGGUUUUGAUUUUUUUUUCAAAUUGAACAUAUUCAUUUUUGUCAUUCAAAAGUUUUUUAAACUAAAUAUUUUGAUUCAAUAGCUUUCAAUCAUGUUUGUCAAUUAAGAAGACUUGAAAAAACAAGCUUAAAAUUAUUAAAAGACAAUGUCAUGGAUAUUUUCCCCAUUGAAUCUUAAUGAACUGCAUGAGCUGAUCAUGUGACUAAUGAUAACAGGUAGCUUAUAAUACAUAUUUGUACUUCAUUGUUGUGCUGAUAAAUUUAAAUAAGAUGAACAAUGCAUUGUUAUGUAAAAUUAAAAACAUCAGGAACAUGAUCAACCUACAAUUCUUUGAAGAAGCUUGAUAAAGCUAAUAAUAAAUCUUAAUCAGAAUCUUGA